AUGUCGACCGACGAUGCCGCGGAGCUCGUCCGCCUCAUGACGGCGUACGAUAACUCUCGCGAACCGAGACCGCUGUUCAAUCACCGCGCUACCGUCUAUGGCUUGGUAAUUCCUUUCAUGGUUGUCUCCUAUAUCUGCGUGGUACUCAGGAUAUACACCCGGGUCAAGUUACGGUGUUUGGGCUGGGACGAUCUAUUCGUGGUGCUCUGCAGGAUAUCGGCUACGGUUGGCUCGAUAUUCUUGUGUCUUUCGCUGAAUAAUGGGUUCGGCGAGCAUAUCUUAACGAUCGGAUACGACAAUAUAAAAUUCUACGUCUGCCUAGCAACAUACACCAUCUCCACAACCCUAGUAAAGCUCUGUCUCCUAUCGCAAUACCUCCGGAUCUUCGAACCCGGGUCCCGCGCGCGAACCGUCUGCUGGACCGGACUCGCCAUCGCCGGGCUCUGGGGCACCGGCUUCUCCUUCUGCGCGCUGUUCCCCUGCUUCCCCGUCUCCGGGUUCUGGAACUGGACCUCGCCCGCCCGCUGCUACGGCUUCGGCUCCAAGGUCCCCGAGGAGAUAGCCGGCACCUUUGCCGGGCACACGGCGUCGAACGCGGUCCUGGACGCCUUGGUCCUGGCUAUUCCCGUCCCGCUGUACUUCCGGAAGUCGACGGCGUGGAAGCAGCGGUUGGGCAUUGGGAUCCUCUUGAUUCUAGGUCUUGUCGUAAACCUCCUCAGCAUAUGGCGCCUGCAAACCAUCGUCGCCAGCAAAGCCGGCACCCACCCCGUCCUAGACCCAACCUGGUACGGGCCCAAAAGCAUAAUCCUCGCCGCCCUCGAAGUCGACCUAGCGAGCAUAUGCGCCUCCAUCCCAACCUUCUGGCCCACCCUCACCCACGCAUUCCUCAACAAGAUCUUCGUGACGCAAGAAGUCCACAUAACGCACCAACACCGACGGCUCUCCUCCUCGCAUUUCGACCCGCAGCCAUCGUUCCUAGAGCACGGACGCGGCGGGGACGGCACUUUACUCCAAAGCAAGCCCUACGGCCGCCGUUACCGCGACGACUUCAUGCUGCAUAGAGUCAUCCCGGCGAAUAUGAUCGAAGACGAUAAAGAUAGGGACAGGGACGCGGAGGCCUGUGGCGGGUCCCAGGUCCGGUCCGAGGGGCACCGCGGGUUUAAACGCGAAUGUGAGCGGUUAAGGCUGGUGGCUGUGGAGAGUAAUAAUAGCGGUGGGAAAAGUGACAAUACUAAGACAAAGAAAAAUAAUGUCUUAGGAGGGGAAGCAAUAGCUUGAGGGAGGUUUGGGUUCUUGGAUGGAGAUAAGUAUUAGGCGCAUUGCUGUUUUAAUGAUACCCCUGAAUUUAUUUUUUAAUAAGCGUGAUUUUGCUGAUAGCAUUUCGAUUCGGCCUUGAAAUUCUCUAUCUGUUCUGGACACG